AUGGCAUUAAAGAAGUGGACGUCUUGUUUUCCAGUUCUGGAUGGAAUCCCGCGAGGGAACGGCCAGUCUGGGGUUCCUAUGAAGGAACCCAUACCAGCCUCCACGACAGACGAAUCCGCUGCUGGGAAACAUCCGGCGGCAGUGGGACUGGGCGACGAAAUCGAGCCCGUCGAUGCCGACAUUGCCGUUGAUGUAGAGAAAAAGGUCCACGUUACUGUUGGCGUGGAUGAGAAGGAACUCGUCGAGGACUCUCCCUAUGAAGCCGUACGAGCUGCAGUGCGGAACACUGAUGGAGGUGAGGUCGCAAACACCGUUCGGGCAUGGAUCCUGGGCAUGAUCUUCGUCACCGUCGCCAGUGCGAUUAACAUGUUCCUAAGCAUGAGGAGCCCUGCCAUUUCCAUCACUGCGGUGGUCGUCCAAUUGCUGGUAUUCCCCAUUGGCGUCUUCUGGGCAAGGGUCGUUCCCACGAAAGUAUUCAACACGUUUGGAGUCCGGUGGACAUUUAAUCCCGGUCCAUUUACCAUCAAGGAGCAUACUGUGAUCAUUGUAAUGGCCAACGUGUCUAUCGGGUAUGCAUACAGUACUGACGCCUUGAUUGCCCUGGCUGGCAAGCCUUACUACAACCUGGACAUGGGAUGGGGCUUCCAGUUGCUUUUCACCUUCAGCAGUCAGUUAAUCGGCAUUGGCCUAGUAGGCAUGUGCCGUCGAUUCUUGGUCCGGUAG